CUUUUCUUCUCUUCUUCAACACGCCCUGGUGGCCUUAUCGACGUUGAUCGCCCAUUAUGCCGCCGUUAUCGGGUGAAGAGCGUAUACUAACUGUCUUUGCGGAUAUCCAUUAUUAUUUUGCAGCGCCAUGUCCGAAGCCUGUCCAUCACCGGUUUGAUAAGGGUUGCUAUCUAUAUCUAUAUCUCAACAGCGCUCUGCAGAAGAUCAGGAUUGAGGUCGCGAACAAUCCAGGGACUCCAGAGCAGGAUGCUUUCAAUGGCACUCUGGACAAUAUCCAUCUCCGACAUUCAACUAAAUUCCCGACUCUCUGCACUGUGACCGUGGACGGACAAGUGCCGAGUCCACCCCAAGGCCAACCGGCAUUUCCGCCGCCACCAGGCGCCAUUUCAAGCGAAUGGCAACUGCCUGGUAACGAUUCCCCGGCCCUAUUCCGCCUGCACACACUAGACAUCUAUUUCUGGACGACGGAGGACGUCACUCAAUUCCUAGAUCUGGUGGAGCGUCAUCUCUCGCAGUCACAAAUCGAGACAGACCGACACCCCUUUCCACCUCCACCACAAAGCACCGUCAGUUCUGUUGUGCAGCAGCUGGAAAAUGUAGCCAUCACCGAUCCUGGCUACCAGAAUGGACAGACUCGCAAUUCUCAAGCCGAGGUUGUGUCUAACCCCGUGCCCAGCUACCAAGCCAUCACACCACCGAGCAACCUCCCUCCUCCCCCUCCACUAGGCGGCUUAGCUACAACUGCCCAGCCAUUCAUGCCUGGAAUCCAGUCCGUAGCCAGCGAACAACAGGAUACUACUCCGCCGGAACCAACUCCCGCCCCUCUACCCUACAAUCCCGCUGCACCCCCGGCGCCAGAGCCUAUCAGGCACCGAGAGAAGACUCCUCCGCCAGAGGACGCUGAGACAGGAACCGGCCUUGCAGCAGCUGCAGCUGUCGACAACGGCCUUGUUUAUCCUCAAUCCUCCCAAAUGCCUCCGGGGGUAGCCGCCACAGCAACAGCACCAUCAGCAACAAGAGGUCUAUCCGCCCCUCCACCUCCACCAGGGCCCGCCCCGCCCUACAGCAUGCCUGGGAACUACGUGCCCCCUGGACCUCCGAGUGCUGGCCUCUCCUCGUUCCCAACCUCCAUGCCUAGCCCAGGUCUGCCCUCAUACUCUGCCUCGUUCCUAUCAGGCGAGAGCCUCAGCCAUCCCAUGGGGAACCAGUCACUCCCAGGUCCACCACAGCAGCAGCAGCAACGCAUGUCCUUCGCCCCGCCUCCCACUGACCCUAACGCGCACCUCUUCGGCGGAGCAGGAGCAGGAGCCGCCGCAGGACCAACUCCUGGCAUAUACAGAACGUCAACGGACUCAUCAUCGACAUCUACCCCGCCAAUGCAGUUGUCGCUAGGCGGAUAUUCGACCUUCUCGUAUGAACAGCAGGGACCGAAGCGAAGCGCAACGGUGUCAGGGAAUGAGUACAACGUUCACAAUCAAUUGUAUCAGCCGACGGCGCAGGAGUCGAUCUCCCCGCAUCAGAAGUAUGCCAAGGAGGCGAUGGUCAAGCCGGGGGAUCCGCAUCGGCCGCAGUAUUUUGUGAAGAGUGCGUAUAAGGUGGAGCAUGGGGUGAAUCGGUUCUUGAAGAAGUUGGAGAAGAAGUUGUAACCAUCUCCUAUAAGGAACUUGACUUUUGGAUUGUUAUGGCAUGAUGGUUAAGGAUCUGUUUAUACUGGCGUUGAAUGCUUCUUCUACAUAGUAUAUCAUUUGUCUUACACGUUCGAUUCAACAGCGAUUAAUUC